GGUCCGUCUUGUUGCUGCAGGUGAGAGUUACUUAAAGCUAGCUCGGUUCUGUGUCUCUGCCCAUCCGGUUUGAUCGGUGCACGAGACGCCCACCCGACUCCGUCCAUGGCGGUGACUGGCGCAGCCGUGGCAAUACUUCCUCGUUCCCUCCUCUCCUCCUCCUCCUCUCAUUGCCAUCACCUCCUUCUCGUCUUCACUGUUUCCUCUCGCCGCUUCCAUUCGUUCUCCUCCCUCUCCGCACCUCUCCUCUUCCUAAAACCCCACUACCUCCACCGCCACCAGCCAAUCCCUUGCUCUAUCCCCAACACCAGACCUCCUCUCUCCCUCUCCCUCUCCCACUCCACCUCCUCCUCCUCCUCCGGCUCCAGCUUGACCAAUCCCACCACCUCCUUCGACUGGUCCGACGACGAGAAGGACGGCGACGACGGCACCACCACCCCCAAGUCGAAGGAGAAGACGACGACGGUUGACGACAAGAGCCGCAAUCUUCCCCCACCCUACGACCCGUUCAGCAAGAAGCCGGUGAUCGAGGAGCCCAGCGACCCGUCCAACCUCCAGGAGAUCUUCCACAAGAUGCGCACCGAGGGCCUCACCAACCACGCCAUCAAGAUGUUCGACGCCCUGUCCAAGGACGGCCUCACCCACGAGGCCCUCGAGCUUUUCUCCGUCAUCAAGGACCAGGGCACCAUGCCCGACGUCGUCGCCCACACCGCCGUCAUCGAGGCCUAUGCCAACGCCGGCGGCCAGUCCAAGGACGCCCUCCGCACCUUCGACCGCAUGCUCGCCUCCGGCGUCUCCCCCAACGCCUACACCUACACCGUCCUCAUCAAGGGUCUCGCCAGGGACGGCAGGCUCCCCGAGGUCCGCAAGUACCUGCUGGAGAUGAUCUGCAAGGGGAUGCGGCCCAACACCGCCACCUAUCUGGCCGUGUUCGAGGCUUACGUCAAGGGGGACAGAACGGACGACGCCAGGGCGCUGCUGGAGGAGAUGAAAGGGAAGGGGUUCGUGCCGGAUGAGAAAGCGGUCAGAGAAAACCUCAGCAAGCGAGGCCAGGAAGAUGUUGAAGCAGUUUGUGUGAGUGAAGAAUCAGUUUUAGAGCUGAUCAUGAACCCUUAUCAGCUUGUUGGUGUUAAUUUUCUUCUACUGUUUUACAAGGAAAAUAUUGGUGGAGGUAUGAUUACUUGUCAACUAAGGCAAUGAGUUCCUUUUCCAUUAAUGUUCCAUCCUUAUCAGCUUGUUGGUGUUAAUUUUCUUCUACUGUUUUACAGGGAAAUUAUUGGUGGAGGUAUGAUUACUUGUCAACUAAGGCAAUGAGUUCCUUUUCCAUUAAUGUUCCAUUUAUGGUACUUGAAAUAAAUUGUGCCUAUGAUUUUGCUGUGUCUAUAAUUCUUUAUGGGCCUAUAGUGCCAGGAAGAGGUAGAGAGAACAUAUAUAAUAUUUUACUAGUCUUAAGAUUCUACAUUCAGAUACAUUUAUAGAAACAAAUAUUUGUCAAAGGAUGCAUAUUUGUGCAAAGGGAAACCCCUCAUGCCUUAGCUCUUUGGAGCCA